GGCCGAUCCAACACAGGAUAGAGAUAGGGCCUUGCAGUAAGACUCCUAAGGGAACAGUUUACGGAUGUCCCCUAGGGAGUUAGAGGAGUUGCGCAAGCAGUUGGACGAGCUCCUCGAGAAAGGUUGGAUUAGGCCAAGUUCGACUCCUUUUGGAGCAUCAGUUUUGUUUGUCCCCAAGGAGGAAGGAGAGUUGCGCAUGUGCAUAGACUAUAGGGGUCUGAAUGCGAUUACCGUUAAGAAUGUUGAGCCACUGCCCAGGAUAGAUGAUCUCUUAGAUUGGGUGCAGGGUUGCAAGUAUUUCUCAAAGAUAGAUUUGAAGUCCGGGUACCAUCAGAUAAAGGUCCAUCCUGAUGACCAGUACAAGACUGCGUUCCGGACUCAUAAUGGGCAUUAUGAGUUCAUAGUGAUGCCCUUUGGACUGACCAAUGCGCCUGCUACAUGUCAGCGUUGUAUGAACGAUCUGUUUAGGCCUUGGUUAAAUAGAUUCGUCGUAGUAUAUCUAGAUAAUAUCCUAGUAUUCAGUAGGACCCUCCAAGAGCACCAGGGUCAUUUGAGGAAGGUCUUGGAGAAGCUGAGAGAAGCUAACUUCAAGAUCAAUGCAAAGAAGUGUGAGUGGGCCAAGACACAAGUCCUGUACUUGGGCCAUGUGUUAGACGGAGAUGGCAUUAAGCCUGAGGACAACAAAAUAGCGACGAUUAGAGAUUGGCCGACGCCCCGCGCGUUGACAGAGUUGCGGUCGUUCCUGGGCCUAGCUAACUACUAUAGAAAGUUCGUGAGGAACUUCUCGACUAUCGCCGCCCCCCUUCGCAGGUUGCUCAAGAAAGAGGCAAUCUGGCAAUGGGAUAAGGACUGUACGUCUGCGCUAAAGAAGUUGAAGCGCACGUUGAUAGAAUACCCUGUCCUCAGAGUAGAAGAUCCGUCCUUGCCAUUGGUCGUCUCCACGGACGGAAGUCGGUAUGGAAUAGGCGUUGUGUUACAGCAGGACGACGACAAUGGCUACAGACCCGUAGAGUUCAUGUCAGCGAGGAUGCCCUCAGAGAAGGUUGCUACCUCCACGUAUGAAAGGGAACUCUACGCUCUCAGGCAGGCCUUAGAGCACUGGAAGCAUUACCUGCUUGGGAGGCACUUCAAGGUGUAUUCAGACCAUGAGACUCUUCGAUGGCUAAAGACACAGGCCAAGAUGACACCUAAGUUGACUAGGUGGGCCGCUGAGAUAGACUAGUCAAGAGUAGGCACGGCAGGAGCCAAGUCAUGGUUAUACUCGAUAGAUUUAGCAAGAGACCAAAGAGGUCCCAAGAUCCCUGCUCCCAACAAGUUCAGGGGCGAUGACCCCAAGACCGAUGUUGGGGACUGGCCAGCUGGGACCAAAGCCUACUUGAGGGGCUUUGUCUGUGCAGAACAGACCAAGGUGGCGACUGUUCUGGGACUGCUGGAGGGACCUGCAUUAAAGUGGGCCACCUCCACCUCCAGCAGUCUGCAACAGUCCAUGGAGGACUGGGCUUUUGGGCUUGGGGUGGAUAGACUUCUGCAGGCCCUGGAGGACCGUUUUGCAGACAAGGAGCGGGCCCGCAAGGCUGCUGAUAGGAUUGCUCGCCUGGGACAGCAGCGAUACAACGGCACCCUGCAUGCCUUGUUUGCAGAAUUUGAGCAGCUUACCUCCACCCCUGGGUUGGUCAUGUCCACUGAUGAUUUGUUGACCAACUUCUGCAGGGCAGCGCCUGAGAAGUUUGUUGUUGCCUUGUACAGCGUUGGGCACAAGGACUGGAGGUCCUUUGGCCGUGCAGCCCUGGACAUAGAGGCAAAGCUUCAUGGCUGCAUAGUGUUCAGCAAAGUCGACCUCAAAUCUGGCUACCACCAGAUUGAGAUGGCAGAGGAGGAUGUCUACAAGGCAGCCUUCAAGACCAGGUAUGGAACUUAUGAGUUCCUGGUCAUGCCAUUCGGACUUUGCAAUGCCCCAGGCACCUUCCAGACAGAGAUGCACCGCAUCUUCAGGCCUUACCUGGACAAGUUUAUGGUUAUCUACCUGGAUGACAUCCUGGUAUUCAACAAAACUGCCAGGGAACAUACGGAGCACUUGGCUCUUGUCCUUCAGUCAUUAUGUGACAGUCAAUAUAAGAUUAACAGAGAGAAGUCCUCUUUUGGAGUUCCCUCUGUCAUCUAUCUGGGUCAUAUAAUCUCUGGAGAUGGCCUGGAUCCUGAAGCAGCCAAGAUAGCUGCUAUUCAGGAGUGGCCUCAGCCACAGACAGUGAGGGAUGUCAGGUCCAUGGGUUUAGCCUCAUACUACAGAAAGUUUGUCAGGAACUUUUCUGCAAUGGUUGCACCCCUGACCAACCUAACAAAGAAAGAUACUCCCUUUCUUUGGUCCCUUCCCUGUCAGUUGGCCUUCACACGGCUCAAGAAGGCCUUGACUCGUGCGCCUGUGCUGAAGUUACCUGACCCCACUUUGCCAUUCAUCUUGACCACUGACGCCAGUCGGUAUGGCAUUGGGGCAGUUCUUCAGCAGGAUGAUGGGAAUGGUCUACGACCUGUAGAGUUUAUGAGUAAGAAGACCAAGACUCAAAAGCUGCAGGACUCCACCUACGAGAAAGAGCUAUACGCUCUUGUCUGUGCCUUGAAACACUGGAAACACUUUCUCCUGAGGAGACACUUCAAGAUCUUUUCAGAUCACUCCACCUUACAGUGGAUGAAGUCGCAGGGAGAGUUGAAUGAUAAGUUGGCAUGGUACAUUCAGUUCAUUGACAUGUUUGACUUUGAACUGAAGCAUAAGAAGGACUGCUACAACAAGGUAGCAGAUGCCCUCUCUCGUAGGCUUGACUCUUUUGCUCUGAUCUCCUCUACUCACUCCUUUGGAGAGGAGACCCGUCAGACCAUUGCUCAUCUACUGCCUCAGGAUGAGACUUUCGGACCCAUCGUCAAGAAUCUGCAAGCAGAUCCUAACUCUGAACCAGGCUAUGCUCUGAGUUCGGACCUGCUGUAUACUUACAGCAGAGGGGAGGAACGCUUGUGCAUUCCCCAGGACCAGCGGCUCAGGACACUGGUGAUGUCAGAGUGUCAUGACGCCCGUGGACAUUUUGGGUUCCUAAAGUCUUAUGCAGCCCUGUCGCAGCGCUUCUUCUGGAAGGAGAUGCGGAGUGAUAUGCUGCGCUAUGUGGACACCUGUGAGCUCUGCCAAAUGAAUAAGGUCCACCGUAGGCCUCCUUUGGGACUUCUCAAACCCUUGCCCAUACCUGAUGGCCCUGCUGAAUCUGUGGUGAUAGAUUUCACAGAUUUAGGCAAGACCACCCCUCGUGGCAUGCGUCAAGUUAUGGUCUGCGUGGACAGGUUCUCCAAAUACGCAGAGUUCAUCCCCUUACCAGAGGUAGCUAGGGUUCCGACUGUGAGAGCAGCCUUUUUUGAGAGGUGGGUCACUCACCAUGGACCGCUCACUUCUAUAGUCAGUGACAGAGACCCCAGAUUUUGCAGCGAUGAGUGGCAGUCCUAUUGCAAGGAUUACCUGCACUCACGGUUGGACAUGACCUUUAGUCAUCAUCCUGAAGCCAAUGGUCAGGCUGAGGUGAUGAACCAAGUCUUAUUCCAGUUGUUGCGCCCUGUCAUCUCUCCAGAUCAGCAGGACUGGGAUCUUCACUUAGCUAGGGCACAACUCAUGUAUAACAUGUCUGUCCACUCCUCGACAGGGUUCAGUCCCUACCGGUUACACUGGGGGCGUGAACCACGACAGCCUCUCGAUGACAUCAUCGACAAGGCUAAGCCUGAUCUGACACCAGGCACAACAGAGUUCACCAGAUGUUAUCGUCUAGAUGUGGAAAGAGCCCGCGCGAACUUGUUCAAAGCCCAAAAGGCUAUGGUUGAACAAGCUAAUCGCCACAGGCUACCUUCCCCCAUCCGCACUGGUGAUUAUGUCUGGGUGACCAGUUCUGAGCUGUCGAGGGAGGAGGAUAUCUCCCCCAAGUUAUUGCCACGUUACCUGGGUCCAUGGCAAGUCCUAGAUACAGUGGGCGUUGAUCCCUUCGGUCCGUCGUAUGUUAUCGACGUCCCGCUGCAUCUACGCACCUACCCGGUCUUUCAUGCAUCCAAGGUGGUGCCUUUCACUCCAGCUGAUGCAUUCCUAGACCGACCCCCUCAGUUUGGUCCACCGAUCCCUGGCAAGGGAUAUGACGAGGAAUGGAUUGAGGACGAGUGGGGCACCAGCCCCGACCGACAGUAUCUUGUGAGAUUCGCAUUCCAGCCUCCUCCUAAGAACAGAUGGUUCUACAGAAGGGAACUUCUCAAGACAGCAAAGAGGGGAGUUACGCGACCGUUGCACCCCGCGGCGGAGGGCGACAAGGAAGAGGACGUGGCCGGGGAAGAGGAGGUCGCGGACGCGGUGGAAGAGGACCCGGUACCCAGAGGGGUGGUGGCGAAGGUAGCUACUACGUGGGUGGAAGGGGCAAUGAUCCCUCGCAAGGUGGCCGCGGUUCGUAUUCCACCUGGGGAAGAGGAGAGGCGCGUGGUUGUUGAUCCUGCGUUGCCCUUUGUUGUCACAAUCGACGCCAGUCAGUACGGGAUAGGCGCUGUACUCCAACAAGAUGACGGGAAUGGAUACAGGCCUGUAGAGCUUAUGUCCCGACGACUGCCUAAUGAGAAGGUUGUUGCUUCUACGUAUGAGAGAGAAUUGUAUGCUCUCCGGGAAGCUCUAGAUCACUGUCGACACUAUCUCUUAGGACGUUACUUCAAGGUGUACUCAGAUCAUGAGACACUUCGCUGGCUCAAAACGCAGGCCCGGAUGACACCUAAGUUGACUAGUUGGGCCGCUGAGAUUGAUCAGUAUGAUUUCGAGCUGAAGCCAGUCAAGGGUUUGUUGUAUGUUGUUGAGAUGGUCCUCAAGCUCUUCGGACGAGGCUGGACACGGUACUGGAUGGGGUAUUUAAGCCGCGUUGACUUCAUUAUAACAUGGUGUAUAGUUGCAGUAAUCGUUGCCCAAGCUGUUCAGGGUCCUUUCACCGGCAUCAAUUUGUACUGGUACCUCGAAGACGAAGCUGGAGCAACGGCGCUGCAGCGGGAGGAGGAGCGGGAGAAGGAGGGGGGGAAAGAGCAGGAGAAGCAGCGGGAGGAGGAGGAGGAGCAGCAGGAGCGGGAGCGGGAGCAGGAGAAGGAGAGGGAGGAGGAGAGGGAGGAGGAGAGGGAGGAGGAGCAGGAGAACGAGUGGGAGCGGGGCUAUGGUGGGAUCUUUGUCACGUUGUUUGGCGGAGCAGGAGCAGUAAGAGGAAGAGGAGGAGGAGGAGUGGGAGGAGCGGGAGGAGCGGGAGAAGGAGUGGGAGAACGAGCGGGGAAGGCGCGGGAGCGGGCCUAUGGCGUGGGAAGAGGAGCGGGAGGAGGGGGAGGAGGAACGGGGGAAGAGCAAGAGAAGCAGCGGGAGAAGGAGGAGCAGGAGGAUCCCGGGGAGUAGCAAGAGGGGGAGCGGGAGAAGGAGAGGGAGGAGGAGCGGGAGAAGGAGUGGGAGCGGGGCUAUGGUGGGAUCUUUGUCACGC